CUUCAGGGGCCGCUCUGCGAUCGGUGUCCAUCAGGGUCACUUCCGGAGCGCGUCGCCGCCGGGGCCCCCACUUCCCCCCGCCCGUCGGCUCCGGGCUCCGGGCGGGGUGGACGCCCGGUGAAUUAAUAAUGCACACAUGCCGUGCAACCAACACCCUUCUGCUAGGUUCCAGCAUUCGUCAGAUGUAUUACCAACCGCGGGCUUUGAAACGCCCAUUCUCGUCUUCUACUUUAUACUCUUCUUCGCCCUCCUCUUCGUCCCGCUUCUCUGCAUUUCUCAGAAGCACUACUAGUCUACCACUAGCAGAUACCACCAGCACUCCAGCCGCCCUCACACCUCAACGGACAACCCCCCCCCCUUUCAACAGUACCAAGGCAACCAUGACGCACUUUCGCAUCGCCGUCACGACCGACACCAUAUGCCCUUGGUGCUACGUCGGACACAAGCAGCUCAAGCGUGCGCAGGAGACGUGGACGAAGCGCCACCCCGCCGACACCUUUGCCGUCACCUAUCACCCCUUCCAGCUGCACCCAGAGUGGCCCAGAGGCCCCGCGUCCAGCCACGACAAGGGUCAGUACUACCGCGAGAACUACGGCCCGGAGCGCGCCCGUCUGUCGCAGCAGCGCCUCACGGCCGUCGGCCGCGAGCUCGGCAUCGCCUUCAAGUUCGGCGGGCGCACCGGCAACACGCGCGACUCGCACCGCCUCGUGCAACUGGGCAAGAAGCACGGCAACGAGACGGAGCUGCGCGUCAUCAACGGCCUCUACAACUCCUUCUUCGAGAACGAGGGCGACAUCUCGCAGUAUGACGUCCUGAGGAAGGUCGCUCUCGGAGCGGGCAUCUCCGAAGCCGAGUUCCAGAAGGCCAUUAUCGACAGCGACGAGGGCGGCGACGCCGUCGAUGAGGCCGUUGUGAAGGCGCGCCUCGAGGGCAUUUCCGGUGUGCCCGACUUCCAGAUCCAGGACCGCUUCCAGAUCAACGGCGGUCAGCCUGCGGAAGUGUUCGUUCAGAUUUUCGAAAAGGUCAAGGCGCUCGAGGCUCAGUCACAGGCCUCUUCUUGAGCAGCGUCUAUUGAACAUUGUUUUUAAGGGACGUGCAAGUGUGUUGCCAAUUAUAUUCAUGAUAAGCCAAUAUAUUAUAUAUCUAUAAAUAUUGUACCUGAUGAGGACAUGGUCCAACAGACUUUAAGUAACUUAUAUACAGCGAGAAAUAGAGCAGCAAAUCUUGCCCGUGAUGGG